UUUGUGCAGUUUGUCUUGGACGCCGAUUCGGCGGUUACCGUGACACGUUUUAUUAACAUGCAAACGUGUCACCGCUGACUUGCACAAAGUCACACAGAGCGUGCCGCAGGCGUGCUGCUGGGCCCCUCAUCUGUACCUCUUGUCCCCGUCACUGGAGUUCGCCUCGUGGAGUCUUCAGUGGUCCGUUUGUUGAAAAUAACGAAAUGUCUGAGGUACUUCGUUUGAUGACGGCUCAGGCCUCUGGUACGUCUCAAGGCCGGGGGGGGGGGUAGUUUCUAAACCUGAGGCUGAUUCCUCUGCGCUCGGUUAGUCGCGUCUGGAUAUUGGCCCUUGCGCGAAUGCGGGUGCUGAUUGAGUCAUCGAGGUAAAUAUUUAGUUGUCUUUCUCAAAAAACUUAACAUUGUUUCUGUUUUUCCAGGAAGAACAGGUAAAAGAGGCCGCUAGGCACAUGGUGACUUGGAUUUGUUUAUAUCCAUUUACUUUGAAAUGAAAGCUGAAAUGCUCUAUAAAAUAUAAUGUAUUCUAAAACACUUUAUUUUUGGAAGAAAUAAGAUUUUCUUGUUAAUUAGGAUUUUGGUACUGUUGCAGUGUUCUAGUUAAACCCUAGUUGUUCGUUUCUCUUUAUCUUCAUGAAACUUUACAGCUACAGCUACAGCUACCUCUGGGUUAGAUAGUUCCCAACUUAUCUUUUGACGUUUAUCUGUGUUUUUUUUUUAAGAUAUGGUUGCCUUACUUGUGGUCUAAUACUUGUCUUUUUUUCCUCUUUAGGAGAAAUCAUAGAUUCUAAAAAUAUUUUCCCCCUUUCUCUAUGGACUUAACAUAAAAUUAGUUUCGUUUUUAUUUGGAUUUGUUUUCUAAAUAUCGACAGCAUAAAGCCUUAUCAGUUACAAACAAAUUGGGUAGUUAAACCAUGAGUUGUGGGAAGAAGUUUGUGGAAACAUUAAAAAAAAUUGCUUAUCCCAAAGCUGAUAUUCUUAAUGGGGAAGAUUUUGACUGGUUGUUUGAGACUGUUGACAAUGAAUCAUUUUUGAAGUGGUUUUGUGGGAAUGUGAAUGAACAGAACGUAUUGUCUGAAGAGGAAUUGGAAGCUUUUAGCAUUCUUCAAAAAUCAGGCAAGCCCAUCCUAGAAGGAGCAGCAUUGGAUGAAGUUCUUAAAACCUGUAAAACUUCUGAUUUGAAGACACCUACUCUUAAUGACAAAGAGCUAGAGAAACUAGAGGAUGAGGUCCAAACUCUGCAGAAAUUGAAGAACCUAAAAAUUCAGCGACGUAAUAAAUGCCAGUUGAUGGCUUCAGUAACUAGCCACAAGUCUGUGAGGUUGAGUGCUAAAGAAGAAGAAGCCACUAAAAAACUGAAGCAGAGUCAAGGAAUCCUAAAUGCUACCAAUACUAAGAUCAGUAAUGAACUUCAGACACUUACUGAUGAAGUUGCAAAAUUGAUGAUGUUCUUCAGACAUUAUCAUUUGGGUCAGGGGACAAAUCCACUGGUGUUUUUAUCUCAGUUUUCCUUGGAAAAAUACCUAAGCCAAGAAGAGCAAAGCACAGCAGCAUUAACCUUAUAUACCAAAAAACAGUUCUUUCAGGGUAUACAUGAAGUAGUUGAAAGUUCAAAUGAAGAAAAUUUUCAACUUUUAGAUAUACAAGCAUCAUCUAUUUGUGAUAAUCAAGAAGUUCUUGAGGAGAGACGACUGGAGAUGGCCAGGCUGCAGCUAGCAUACAUUUGUGCUCAGCAUCAGUUAAUUCACUUGAAAGCAAGUAAUUUGAGCAUGAAGUCAAGUAUAAAAUGGGCAGAGGAGAAUCUUCAUAGUCUCACUAGCAAGGCUGUUGGCAAAGAUAAUUUGGAUGCUAAAAUUUCUGGCUUGAACAGUGAGAUUCUGAAACUUGAAGAACAGAUCACUCAUAUAAAAGACAAAAGUUUACCUGCUGUGGUAAAAGAGAAUGCCCAGUUACUGAAUAUGCCAGUUGUAAAGGGAGAUUUUGACCUGCAGAUUGCUAAACAAGACUAUUAUACAGCAAGACAAGAGUUAGUUUUAAAUCAGUUGAUAAAGCAAAAGGCAUCAUUUGAACUUCUACAAUUAUCGUAUGAAAUUGAAUUGAGAAAGCACUGGGACGUAUAUCGUCAACUUGAAAACUUGGUUCAAGAACUCAGUCACAGUAAUAUGAUGCUCCACCAGCGAUUAGAAAUGCUAACAGACCCAUCAGUAUCUCCCAAGAUAAAUCCAAGGAAUACCAUUGAUACCAGGGAUUAUUCUACUCACAGGCUUCAUCAACUUUUAGAAGGCGAGAAUAAGAAAAAAGAAUUGUUUAUAACCCACGGAAGCCUGGAGGAAGUGGCCGAGAAAUUAAAACAGGAUGUUUCUUUGGUACAAGAGCAGUUGGCAGUAUCUGCUCAAGAACAUUCUUUCUUUCUGUCCAGACUAAAUAAUGAUGUAGACAUGCUCUGUGAUGCUUUGUAUCAAGGAAGAAAUCAGCUUUUGCUUAGUGAUCAGGAGUUAAUGGAGCAGUUUCAUCAAGUUGAAUCUCAACUAAAUAAGCUAAAUCAUCUUCUGACUGAUAUUCUUGCUGACGUGAAGACAAAAAGAAAAAUUUUGGCAUCUAAUAAACUGCAUCAAAUGGAAAGAGAAUUAUAUGUAUAUUUUUUAAAAGAUGAAGAUUAUCUGAAAGAUACUGUGGAGAAUUUAGAAAACCAAUCAAAGAUUAAGACCAUUGGUCUUGAAGAUUGAAAAUUACUAAAAAUGGAAUCUUUACUGUAUAUGCUAUAUUUCAAUGUUUUAUAUAUUAAAAGGAGAGUAUAGCCAAUAAACACUAUGAAAAUUUUGACUUCGAAGUCAAUAGAGCAUUUCGCUGAAUUAAUUCAAGUAUUAUAUCAAUUUGGUUUUUUUCUUAUGUUUGUUCAGAGUACCAGUGUUUUUUAUGAUGUGAACGUUUGCUUGGUGUCACUUAGUCCUGGUAGCUUAUAACUUACAGGGGAAAAGCAUUACUAUGUCCACGCAGAUAUUUUUAAUAGAGCUAAUUACAUCUCUACUUUUUUUAAGAGAUAGAAAUUUUCUGCUCUUAAAUAUUUAAAAAUUUUAUAGUCAGCAUUGUUAAAACUGUGUAGACCUUAAUACAUGAAUAGUCGAAUCCCCUCAUAUUUGUCUAUAAAGUAAAGUUCUGCCACUCAAGCUGUCUUCCCCGGCAAUUCCCUGCUGUAGACUUUGAGACUGUUUUGGUGUUCACACUUAUACCACAGAGAACGUCAGGUCUCCAUUGGCCAUUGCUCAUCUUAGAGGUUGGGUCCUGGGGACUCAACAUUUCUGCAGUGCUUUGACUUCAGUGUAGAAGUGGUUGCUGAGAUGAUGUAUAAGGCUGUUGUAAUUAGUUUCUUAGGAGUGAAAAUACUUAAAUGCUGGACUGUGUUAGUUGGGAUAGAAGUGUAGUAUUUGGACAAUUAGAAAUUAUUUUAAGAGUUAGUGUAAAAUAAUUUGAAGUAGCUUGUUUAUCAAUUAUUACAUCAAGUACUUCUUGAGUGCUUGAUUUAUAUGUGGCCUGUGUUACAUACUAAGUAAACCUUGUGGAGAAUAGAGAAGAUACAGAUAAUACUUUCAAGACUAUUCCUGAUCCAAGAAUGUAUUGCCUGUUUUUAAUGUGGACUGCCAGUCUAAAAACUGCAUUUUAGGUGGUCUUAAUGGAAUUCUUCAGCUGUAACCAUCAGAAAAUGAGUGUGCUUAGAUGACAUAUAUGGGCUUUGACAAUUUUUGUAAUUCUUUGAACAAAUAUGUUUUGUCUUACUGUGUUUGUACAUUAAAGUUUUAUAUUUAUAAAGUAGAUCUCAAUAUGCUUGAAAAAUUUGUAGUAAUAAAUUUUGCUUAAGACCUCGCUGUUAGCUCCUCACAGGUGACCUUUUUUUGGUUCUUUUUUUUCCUUCUGCCCUACCUUGGAAUCGAGAAUUUACUGAAAAUUUUUCUUCUUUCCAAUAGUGUAGGAAAAUGUCACCUGGUUUUCUGGUUCAUGAAACAGGAAAUUGUGUUUAGAUUACUGCCAGAUGUGUUAGAUGCAUGACCAGCUACUCGAUGAUUUGUGCUGUCCCUUCCAGACCUUCACCCACUCAGCACAGGGGGCCAGUACAGCUGAGCAGUGGAAGGGAAAGGAUGUCAGGUUGUGUAUCUGCCAUAAUUACCCAUGUCAGUUAAAAAUUAUUUUUGUUACUAGAUUUGUAUGUUUGAAGAUUGUAACAGCCAUUCAUUUCAAGUCUCAGGAAGUAGGAAAUAUUUGAGGAGAUUACUUCAAAAUUGGUCACCUGGAUGGCAGGCUCUUUGUCACCUGUUUGCCAUAAUACCCAAUUGAGCCUCUAUGUGUUUUGCUUUCUUCUUACUGUCCUGUCUGUAUUAUGGGGACAAUUGAUACCUAUUUCCUGUAGUGGUGAAUAUAGCAAUUUUUAUGAACGUCUCUACCUAGAAAUUUUCACGUAAUUUGUUUCUUAUUUUGAAAUUUCAAAAUUAAUAUAUGGAUAUUAUGUUUAUCUUAUGUUUAGGAUUGUAUGAAAAUGGAAAAUUAUGAGGCAUUUGUAGGUUUUGAUCUCUGUGAGAUACCACUUUCCACUGUUGCUCAGAAGAUUAUGACUGCUAUGCAUUCAGGUGAUUUAGUGGCGUCUCAGAACUGGAGAGAAAGUGAAAAGACUGCAGAAGUGGUAAACAAAUCCAGUGUGAAGUACUCAGUACUCCAUGAAGACAGGAAGAAUCAAUCACUGGCAAAAAAAGAUCUUAAUUCUUUUACAAGCCAGACGUCAGGAGUUCCCAUCAAGUUCUCUCCUCAGUCCUCCAGUACCAGACUCACAGAUCGACUGUCUACUGAUCAAAACCAGAAAUAUAUCAGCUCGUUGGCUCCUUCUAGGUGUUCAGUUCCUCAGUGUGACCAAGAGGCUUCAGUUCUACAGAAAAUGGAAUAUAAAAGAAAACAUUUACCAAAGGAAAAUAUAAAUAAUGAAAAAGAUAAAGAAAACAUGAAUCUUAAAAGAAAACACAUCACAUGUAGUAAUUCAUCAGAGAAAACAAGUAAACUUAAGGCUUUGGAAGAAAAUGCUGGUGAGGCUGAAACCUACCUAAAUUCUGGGAACUCAAAAGCCUUCAGACACCAUUUUUGUGAUGUUAGAUGUUUAGAUGCUUUGGAGAAAAGCCAGCUGACCGAGAUGCUGAAACAGGCAGUAGCCCUGGUGGUAACUCUGUUGUAUAAGGAUGGCUCAACCCCGCUAAGAGCUGACCAGGCUCUGGGUUCCUCUGUUAAAGGCGUCGUGAUGAUGUUACUGCAGAGCCCCACGGGGGAGGGCCGGGCUCCCCUACCGGCCUCAGACGGUGUCCUGGAGGAGGGCUUCACACACAGUGACCAGUGCAUCUACAUAAAAACUGAGCACUCCUGUGUUUGGGGCCCAGAACAAGAGGCACACCAUCAGUUUGCCAGGAAGCUGCUGUUUCAAACACUGAAAUGUAAACGUCCUGUUAUUUGUUUCAAUGCUAAAGACUUUGUGAGAACAGUGCUACAGGUUUUUGGUGAUGAUGACAGUUGGAAGUGUGUUGCUGACUCUGUAGGGCUAGAUCCCAGAACUGCUGCAUGGCUUAUAGACCCUAGUGAUGCUGCACCUUCUUUUGAAGAUUUAGUGGCAAAACACUUUGGAAACUCCGUCGCAGUUGAAGUGAACAGCACGUACGGAAAUUCCUCAAGAGACACUGUGAAUCAGAAUGUGUGUGCCAACCUGAGGGUGCUCCACAGACUCACGAUGGGCCUCUGUUCUCAGCUGAAGGCUUAUGGUUUAUGGACACUGUUUUGUACGCUGGAGCUUCCUCUGAUACCAGUUUUGGCAGUGAUGGAAAGCCACAACAUUCGGGUGAACAAAGAAGAAAUGGAGAGGACUUCAGCACUUCUUGGGUCUCGUCUCAAGGAAUUGGAGCAAGAAGCCCAUUUUGUUGCAGGAGAACAGUUUCUUAUAACGAGCAGUAAUCAGCUUCGGGAGAUCCUGUUUGGCAAGCUCAGGCUGCACCUGCUCUGUCCAAGGGAGACCUUCCCCAGAACUGGGCUGCAGAGACCCCCAUCCACUUCAGAAGCCGUGUUAAAUGCUCUGCAAGACCUUCAUCUAUUACCCAAAAUAAUUUUGGAAUAUAGGCAGGCUCACAAGAUCAAGUCAACUUUUGUAGAUGGAUUACUUGCUUGCAUGAAAAAGGGCUCCAUCUCCUCCACGUGGAACCAGACUGGGACUGUGACCGGGAGGCUGUCAGCCAAGCAUCCUAAUAUCCAAGGUAUCUCCAAGCACCCAAUUCAAAUAACUAAACCUCAGAAUUUUAAAGGUAAAGAAGACGAAAUCCUCACCAUCUCUCCGAGGACCGCGUUUGUUUCAUCCGAAGGCCGCACCUUCCUAUCAGCAGACUUUUUGCAGAUCGAGUUGCGCAUCCUUGCACACUUAUCUGGGGAUCCAGAACCUCUGAAGUUAUUCCAGGACUCGGAAAGAGAUGAUGUAUUUUCUACCCUGACUUCACAGUGGAAGAACAUUUCCCCAGAGCGCGUGACCCACGCAGACAGGGAGCAGACCAAGAAGGUGGUGUACUCGGUGGUCUAUGGAGCAGGGAAGGAGCGGCUUGCUGCUUGCCUUGGAGCAGCUGUUCAGGAGGCUGCCCAGUUUUCGGAGUUUUUGCAGAAGUACAAGAAGGUCACGGACUUCACCCAAGCAACCACUUCCCAGUGUCACCAAACAGGGAUCGUGGCGUCCAUCGUGGGCAGGAGGCGACCCCUGCCGCGGAUCCGAGCACGGGACCGGCAGCUCCGGGCACAGGCAGAGCGGCAGGCAGUGAACUUCGUGGUGCAAGGCUCAGCCGCGGACCUCUGCAAGAUGGCCAUGAUCCGCAUCUUCACCGCAGUGGCCGCUUCCCCGACCCUGACGGCCAGGCUGGUUGCCCAGAUUCACGAUGAGCUGCUCUUUGAAGUGGAGGAUUCUCAGAUUCCUGAGUUUGCAGCCCUGGUCAGGGGCACCGUGGAGUCCCUGAAGCACGUGCCGGCGCUGGAGCUGCAGCUGCAGGUGCCCCUGAAGGUGAGCCUGAGAGCCGGCUGCUCGUGGGGACACCUGACACCCCUGCAGGAGGCCCCAGGCCCUCGGCCCCACCAACGUCCUGCCGAGUCUCCAAGCAACCACUCAGCCACCCCUGGGCCCCUCGUCAGCGCCAACCCCUAGUGUGUGCAUUUCUCGCCUUCAUUUUGUCUGUAGCCCCAGGCAACAGCAGCGAAGAGAACUGGUUUCCACCAGCCCGCUGUGUGGCCUUCCCCAAGGUCAGUCAGGCACUUUGUACCGCGGCAGGGCCACGUUCCCCCUCGGACGAGGGCAGCUGGGGCACUCCGAGUAAAUGCCUCCGGGGCAG